GCCCAAAAACAUCAUCCCCAAUAAUAGUUACUGUCGACCAGGGCGGGAUUGGUAUAUAGCUCCUGACCGAUCUCUUUGAUUUUUUCUGUCAGCAUCAUACACAAGGUUAAAAUGGCAACUAUGUAUCAUUCAGUCUGUACAUUCAUAACAGUUAUCGGUCUGCUUUCUUUCAGAAGUAGGUUCAUACAAAGCCUUUGAAUCUUUCGCGUCUUUGAAUUAUUCAGCGCUAAAUCAUUCUGUCUUAUCAAACAGCCCUUAACGCCACACACAAACUCACAAGUAUCAUGCUGUUCCGGCGUGCAAUUCCGCCACUCCUUUCUCAUGCCGCCACUCGCCAUCAUUUCUCCACCGCUAUGAGCCUUAAAUCUCUCUCAAAAAUACCUCAUAGAUCCAGAGCCAAAGCCAUCCAACAAGCUCAGGAAGCCCUAACAGACUACCUUCAUGCCGUCAGAACUAUACCAUACACAUUUGCUGAGAAUAUCAGCAAAUACUCAGUCGUCUCUCUGUCUGCCACUAUUUCUAAAGUAAAGUUCUCCACAUCGGAAUUUCCAAAAUCUUUGCAGAGGCUCUUUAGGUACCACCCGGUAAAUGAAUUUGAGUUAUUUUUUGAAAGCAUUGGCAUUGAUGUUGAUGAACUUGAUGGGGUUUUGCCUGCGCAUAAAUUCUUUUUAUCACAAGAUUUAGAUACGUUUAAUGCUGCUUGCACCCUUUAUGGUUUUGGGUUUCCUUGGAAUAAGUUGGGAAUUUUGUACAAAGAAGAAAAGACGAUUUUUGAUAAGGGCCCAAGUGAACUAAAGGAAAUAUGGAGCAAGUAUAAAGAUUGUGGGUUAACUAGUUCAUCUUUAGUUGGAAUAUGCCUGGUUUUUCCUCAUGUAUUAUUAAAUGGGGAUAGCGCAUUGGUUAAUGAUUUGAAACGGGUUAUUUUAGAUUUCGAUUUGAGUAAGGACAUGGUAGGUGACGUAGAUUCAUGGAUUGAUAUUUGCAAAAAGAUUCGGUUGUUUUACAAUUUGGGUUGCGAGAAAGAUGACAUAUUUGACAUGAUUGGUAGAAAUAAAACUAUUUUGGCUUGUUAUUCAGAAGAAUUUUUAUCCGAGAAAGUCGAGUAUUUUUGUGGAUUUGAUGUUACAAAAGAAGAAGUUGUGUCAUUACUUCUUUUGGAAAAUGAGAUUUUUGAAUAUGAUUUAAAGACUCCGGUGUUUUGUGUCAUGAGAUUGCUAAGACACUUUGGGAUGGAUGAAAACCAUUUGGUUUUAAUUACUAAGAAGUACCCCUAUGUUUUUGGUAAAAACAGAUUGGCUAAUCUGCCUCAUGUGAUGAGAGCAUUAAAUGUUAAUCGAUGGUUCUUUGAUAAGCUAAAAUACGGGGGGUUUCAGCUGUUUAAAAGUUAUCAAAUCAUUAAUUCUGAUCAAGGUAUUGAUAAAGACUUUGCUGACAGCAUACUGAGAAUCCAAUCUUCUAGAUUGUCUGUUCACACUUUCGGGAAAUUGCAGUUCCUGCACAGUAUUGGGUACGGAGAGAAUGGCUUGACUAUAAAAGUGUUGAAACUUGUUCACGGGACGAGUAGUCAGUUAAAGGAGCGUUUUCUUUGCUUACUUCAUAAUGGAGUUGAAUUUUCAAAGCUCUGUAAAAUGAUUAGUAUUUCACCAAAAAUAUUAAAUCAACAAUCAGAAAGUCUUGAAAGGAAAGUGAGGUUUCUUUGCGAAGAUAUUGAUCCCUCUUUGAAUUAUCUUGACGGGUUUCCAGCUUAUUUGUGCUUUGACUUGGAGAAAAGAAUAAGGCCCAGAUACAGAUUUCAUACAUGGCUUAUGGAAAUGGGUUUGUGUGAAAGAAAAUAUUCACUGUCUAGUAUGAUUUCGACUAGUGAGGGAACCUUUAUAGAUCGCGUUUAUAGAAUUCAUCCCGCUGCUCCAAAAAUAUAUCUUGAAAUAUUUUUGAAAAGAUUAUGAUAGAUUUCAAGAAACUUAAUAAUGUGGCGAUAUGGUUUUGUAAGCAGAGAGUUCUUCUCAUAAUGGCGGAUUCAAGUUUUCAGACCAAGGUCUGACCCUGGACUUCCAUGACUUCGGAUUGGAGCAACAGUAGUCAACUGCUUAGGGUGGAGACCCGUGGAAGUGGUCUUUUUGUGAAUACUAUUUGCUACAGCUACACUCAGUAUGGCAAGUACACAAUUUUAGUUUAUUUGCACCAGUAUGACAGUAGUUGUAGGUAAUCCUUUUUGGUGGUCUUUUUUUUGCCCCCUGAAGAUUUUCAAUUUCCAAUCCUUGUAUUAGAUGAACAUUGAACCAAGCUUACGUUGUAAUUUUCUAUCCUCGUUAGCUCUUUUAACAGUAUACUCCUUCGAUUUGUACUUUUCUAUCUGAUUUUUACAUUAUUCUUGAAUUUGAAAGUAUGGUCAAUUACUCAAUUGUCCUGGCAAUUGAAUUUUGGAUAUGUAUAUAUCUACCAAAACGAGUUAAAACAAGCAACCGAAGUGCAAACCAAAAACAUGUUUUAAAAAUUGUGACCAGCCUAUUUUUUGGUUAUAUAGUUGUAGGUCAAUACUACUGAAGAGUCAUUUUUGUCAUGAUAUUACUGAAGAAUCAUUUUUGUAUGGAAGCUUGUUUAUAUUUUAAGUGUCCUUUGCCUUUUCAGUUUUCAGGUCUGCAUUGUGCAAAGUUAGUCAUUGCUGAGAAACAUCAGGGGAGUUCUUCUGGUUUUUUGCAUUUAGAUUACUGAAGUCCAUGUGAAAUUGGACCGGCCUGGCUUAUUUGAUGCAGUUAAAGGUCCAUCUUGUGACAGGGUUUCCGGGAGCUUUUUGGGGUUUUUGGUGUUUAAUGUUCAGUAUAGAACUUUGUUUGAAUGUAAAUUUUGAAAGAAAACUUCAUCCUCAAAACGCUCUUAAAUAAAAAGCUAGUGAAAUGUUUUAGCAACA